CGACGUGGAUUUUGUUGCUUAUUACGAGCGGGCUUCUGGCCGUUUAGUAGUGGACCCCGAACAGGCGAAGGUCGAGUUUGGGGAGGUAAUGGCAUCUGGGCUCAAGCUUAGCCCUGAUGGGUUGAAGGUUCUCUGGCCUCAACCUGCUGACGACCCGAACGACCCACAAAACUGGACCGAUUUUCGCAAGACUGUGCACCUGAUCAUCAUCACAAUGUCUGCAGUGGUACCUGACUUCGACUCUGGAAUUGGAAUCGCGUCAAUAUUUGGCCUCGCUCAAACUUAUGACACGACCUCGAGUGUCAUCAACGAUCUGACAUCAAACUGGAGCAUAUUCCUUCUGGGUUGGGGAGGCAUCUUCUGGAUCAUGCUCAUGAGACGGUAUGGUCGGUUGCCAGUACUCUUCUGGAGUCAGCUCUUUUCGCUUGCAUUCUUGGUUGGUGGCACAUUGGCGCCGAAUCUAGCCACCUUUGCAGGGAUGCGAUGUUUGACUGGAUUCUUUGGAACGUGUCCCCAGGUGACAGGUCUUUAUGUCGUGACGGAUAUCUUCCCCUUCCAUCUUCAAGCGCGGAAGCUGAACAUCUGGACCUCGGGUUUUGUUAUAUCGCCUUUCUUAUCACCAUUUGUAUUUGGCUUUCUUGUAGCGCGUGCAAGCUGGAGAUGGGCCUAUGCUAUAGGAUCUAUUUACAGCGCCAUCGUAUUACUUCUCAUUGUGUUUUUCAUGGAAGAAACUAUGUAUGAUCGCCACCUUGCAUCGAAGCCACUGCAAAUUUCUACGGGACUGCGAUAUCGAUUUGAAACUUUGAUGGGCGUCACUGGGUAUAAGAUGGCAAAAUACAGACCACGAUGGCCGGAAGUUCUAUUGGCAUCUUUGGAUGUCGUUUGGCGUCCUCAGUUUUUCUUCGUAGUUCUCUUUGAGGCAUUGGUCUUCGGGUUCUCGAUCGGCUUGAAUACGACAAAUGUUGUUUUCAUGGGAUCUCCUCCUCCCGUCGGAUUUGGCUUCAGUCAAUAUGCCGUGGCUGGAGCGUAUGCAACUCCAAUCGUCGCCGUCCUUAUUGGCGAGUUCAUUGGACGUUACGUCAAUGAAUUCAUUAUGGAUCUGCAUAUUCGCAAAAACGGUGGUUUCUUUGAGGCCGAGAGCCGCUUGUGGACCUGCUACUUAGCCAUGCCGCUUUAUAUCUGUGGCUUUUUGACGCUGGGCGCUGGGAUACAAAAUCUCAGCAAAGCCGCUCUCAUCAUGGGCUGGGGCAUUGCGAUCGUUGCAAUCACCCUCAACACUGUUGCAGUGUAUGCAUAUUGUAAUGACUGCUUCCCUCGUAGGGCUGGCGAAGUCAGCGCCCUGUUAAACCUUGCAAGAGCAUUGGGCGGUUUUGCAGUCGCAUAUUUCCAAGUCCCAUGGGCUACAAAAUCUGGAGGAUUGGUGGUGUUUGGUGUUGAAGCAGCGCUCGUGAUUGCCUUGUUUAUCAUCGCCGUUCCUAUGACACAACUGAAAGGAAGCUACUUCCGAGUGAGUGUGGCUCUUUUCAUUUGUGUUGCAGCAUUGAAUAUUGAAUCUGUGCAUUAAAUAUUAGGCACGUUAUGCCUUAUAAUUGGCACUGACAGCAUCUCAAUUUCAGAACCAGAAGAAUCAUUUAGAGUCAGACAUGUAUGUUUUAUGGUUACUUUGUUGUACAUCCAAGUAUGUACCUAAAAUUUUGAUAAACCCCAUAGAUGGAGGAGCCUUCAGGCACUCAGGCUUGUUCAGAGUGAGGGAAUAAGUAUCGUAGUAAGUGCACAUAAUUGAAUUCAAUGAAUACUACAAUGGGUCCUCCACCUCAUCCCCUGGGCCUCAACUCAUUCUAAAAAGGGUCCUGAGGGU